CUCUCCUCCCUUCCCUCCCUCCCUCCUUCCUUUCUCCCUUCCCUCCACCUUUCUCUCCCCUUCCCAAGUUUCCGCUCCUCCCUCCUUCGCGCGAACCGUCCCGUCGCUCCUGCUCGGCGCCGGGGGGGGCUAAUUCGGUGCCAAGGCGGAUUGCUCAGCCGGCGUCGCGCUCCCGAAUCGGGAGAGAGAGGAGGAGGAGGAGCCGCCGCCGCAAGAACUGCUGCAGUGUCCUAGGAAGGAAAAGCAGCGUCUGCAGGGGGUGAGGUUUGGCACCUGGCCGGUAGAGGGGGCUGCAGGGCAUUGUGGGGGUGGGGGUGGGGGUGGCAGAGGCUGCAAAUGGAUGGUUUGCAUGAUCAAUGCCCAAACCCGCGCGCCGGAGUUCCAGAAUGGAACGUUGAUCAUCUCUGGACGUUCCAUAGAACGCGCAGAGAAAUCCUCCUCCGCUCCUGUUAGAUACCCUCCGUCGUUUCGAUGGCGUUCUGACUGCAAGAUCCUGAUUCGAGGGCAGAAUAUUCCGAUUUAUUCAUUUAUUUCGCGUGCUUGUGUGUGCGUGAGAUUUUGGUGCUAGAGAUGCUCCGGCACAGGCUCUUAAAGGGAAAGCGGUUUUACGCACAGGCCAAGUGCGGGAUCGAGGUAAGUUUUAGAUGGCUGGUGAAUGAUAAGGACUUUAUUUCUCCGUGAUAGUUAGAUGGAUGGAUGGAUAGACAGACAGACAGUGCUUUUUUCUGGGGAGACGAAGCGGUACACAUACCCCCUAAUCAUUAUGUGAAUCUUUGUACUUUUGUCCAUUUACUGUAUUUAUUUUUCCCAAUUUGAACUAUAAAAUGGUAAUUUUCUUGAGUGAAAAUGAGAGUACCCCUGAACAUUUUUAAGGGGGUGGGGGAAGCACUGUAUAGAUAGAUAGAAAGAUAAGAGUGCUUUUUUCUGGUGGUACGCAGGGGUACACAUACCCCUAAACAGUUUGGCCUCAUAUUUCAAUAUGAGUAGGAAAAUGAGAGUACCCCCUAAACACUUUUUAAGAAAAAAAGCACUGGGUAGGUAGAUAGAUUUUAUUUAAUCUUUAUUUUUUUUAUAAUUUGUAUACAAUUUUCUGUUUCACAGUUUUGAAUACUCAUUUAAACAUCUCUAAAAUAUCAAUGACUUCCCUUCUUCUCUCUUCAUAGUUCAAUUGGCAUACCAUAUAUCCCUGCCUAGUUUACACAAACCAAACCAUUCAGUAUUCCGUUAUUACAUUCAUCAAAACUUAUUUACCCUGUUGAAUUUAUCUUAAUGCUGCCAACGGUAGAUGGAUGGUGCUUUAUGACAUUUAGGAAAUGUCAGCAGCCCAGUGCUGCUUCUGAACUGGGGAAGGAAUAUUAUCCCCUGCGGGGUUCCUUCCCUACGUUGGAUAUGAAAUUUGACUUGAGUGUAACCUCCUGUCCUUUCAGGGUUAGGGGAAUAGGGUCUUAAAAACUACCUAUAUUGUAGUACAUGUGUAGGCAAACUAAGGCCCGAGGGCCGGAUCCGGCCCAAUCGCCUUCUAAAUCCAGCCCGCGGAUGGUCCGGGAAUCAGUUUGUUUUUACAUGAAUAGAAUGUGCCCUUUUAUUUAAAAUGCAUCUCUGGGUUAUUUGUGGGGCAUAGGAAUUUGUUCAUUAUUUUUUUCCAAAAUAUAGUCCGGCCCCCCACAAGGUCUGAGGGACAGUGGACCGGCCCCUGCUGAAAAACUUUGCUGACCCCUGUUGUAGUAUUUUACAAGCGGAGGGCACAAGGAGCAAAUAGGAGUUCAACUAUACCAAAUAUCUACUUAAGAGUUAUAUGCCCUAUAGCUAGCCAUUAGGGAGCGCUGCUUCUUGGGUUUUCCUCUUCUAAAAAAACCCAACCCAUUGCACCUUCUGAACGUCCAAAGCCCAUAGACUGACAAAGAUGGGCAUGUGUCUGUGUUUGGGUGUAGUAUUUGUGUCCAUAUGCCUGAUCGUGGGUUUCCUAUGUUCAUAAUUGUGGUGCAUCUCUAUACAACUCAGAUAGACUUAUAAGGUGCAUGGGUGUUCCUCACUUAAAGCACACCCUUCUAUGCGUCUACGCAGAAGUAAGUCCUGCUGCGUUAAGUGUACAUAGGACAGCGCCCUUAAUGUCUCUGUCAUGCAACAUCCCAGCAGCCUGUGAUGUUCUGAAAGCUCGCUCUGUGUUUUGAUCGAUAUAUCGAUAUACCAUCCCAAACUGGUUUGAAGUCCAUAUCACGAUGUUGGUUUCAUAAUUUUUGACCUGGCAUUGUAUUGCGAAUCAUGAUGUGUGUGUGUGUGUGUUAUGCAAAAAAAAUCACAAUAGAGGGGGGUGGACUGUGAAGCCGGCCAAGGCCUCUACAUAGCUCCAUCCUUAUUUCAGACAUUGUGAUAUAUCAGUAUAUUGCGGUGUUUAAGGUAAAGGUAAAGGGACCCCUGACCAUUAGGUCCAGUCGUGACCAACUCUGGGGUUGCGGCGCUCAUCUCGCUUUAUUGGCCGAGGGAGCCGGCGUACAGCUUCCGGGUCAUGUGGCCAGCAUGACUAAGCCACUUCUAGAGAACCAGAGCAGCGCACGGAGACGCCGUUUACCUUCCCGCCGGAGUGGUCCCUAUUUAUCUAAUUGCACUUUGAUGUGCUUUUGAACUGCCAGGUUGGCAGGAGCAGGGACCGAGCAAUGGGAGCUCACCCCGUCGUGGGGAUUCGAACCGCCAGCCUUCUGAUCGGCAAGUCCUAGGCUCUGUGGUUUAACCCACAGCACCACCCGCAUCCCAUUGCGGUGUUUAGCUGGUGAUAUAUCACAAAGUUGAAAACCAGCCCUACCCACCAGUAAAGCACCAGUCUUCAAGGGCCCAGAGAUUCACAUUUGUUUCCAAGCACUUGUUCAGAAGUAAGUUACGCCAGAGCUGUUGUACUCUAAAGCUAUUCUUUUCAAAGUGUACGACACAACCUUGGACGACAUUGUGAGAUGUGAUUAAGGGCAGGCUUCCAGGCUUCUUCUUGUGUGUCUCAUGACCAGGAUAGAGAGGCAGAGUGCUCACUCACCUUUUCUAAUUAAUUGUGGGGAUAUCUGGGUACAGUAAGUUAUCUGAUGGCUAAUGGAUUGCUCCUCUAUAUUUUACAGACCUUCCUCUGUCUAGUUACCCCUCACAAGCCUUCCAUCUCACUUACCCGAGAGUAAGCCCCUCUGAAAUCCAUGGGACUUAUUUCUGAGUAAACAUGCCUACAGAUGCACUGUAAAGUGCUCAACUGGGGGGGGAAUAUCCUCAAUACAAAUAACUGCUUUAAAAAAAGAAGAAUUAACUAUCAUAUGCAGUAGCCUAAACAACAGAUGUUAACAUUGAUUUUAUUGAUCUCUCUUCACCAUUCAAGGUCAGAAAGCCAUGAACAAUAAAGGGAGCAAAAAGCUGGUGAGAGAUAAGAAAAUAUUUCAUAAUGUUGCUGUGAAUUGUAUUUAUUAUCCUGUAUUACUUUGGGCUGCUUAGGAAGAGUUGUACCUCAACAGUACAGCACUGUGUUUCCAAACUGGGGUCUCCUGCUGGUUUUGAACUACAAUUCCCAUCAUCCCUGACCACUGAUCCUGCUAGCUAGGGAUGAUGGGAAUUGUAGUCCAACAACACCUGGAGACCAAAGUUUAGAAAACACUGGUAUAGCACGUCCUCUGCAUGCAAAAGACGGCAGAUCCAGUCCAGGACAUCUUCAAGUGAGGUUCAGAAAGACCCUUGUCUGAAACCCCACAGAGCAACUGCCCAUCACUAUAGACAACACUGAGUUAAGAAGAUGGUCCGACUGAUAAAAAUUGACUUCUAGUUUUCCAUAGCAUGUGUUUCUGAAAGCUUGUGAACAGCCAUUUUCUUUUAGGUAUAAGCUUGGAAGCAAAAGCUGCCGUUUUAGAGGGAUCUGUUAGAAUCGGGGCUUGUGCCAGAUUCUUCUAUGUCGAUCAGCAGUUCCCAAACUGUGUUCCAUAGACCACCACUGAUUCCUGUGCACCAUUUGAGUCGUGCGCCUGUGAAAAACAGUCAGUGCAAUGGCUGUGAACAGCAGACAAAGCGCGUUAAAUAUCAGACUUGUUUUUAAUUGUAUUGUUUUAUUUUUGUUUCCAUUUUUCCAUUUUAUUUUAUUAUUUCAUCUAUGGAAUUCAAAUUGUGCUGUGAGAAAAAGCAAUAUAAGGAAGAAAAGAAGCAGUAGAAAUUAUAAGACAACAUCGAGUAGAAUUGCUAUAGCAGGCAGAAAAACCAUGAAGUGGUCUGCCAGUGGUACGUUUGGGGAAAAGUUUGGGAACCACAGAUGUUGCCUGGAAACAUGGUUUCCAUGUUGUUUGAAGCCAAACCAUAGCUUAGCGUGAACACAUGAGCUCCUGGAGAGAAGAUUGCGGCUGCUUUGCUCCUCCUGAAAUCAUUCUGCUGCUGAGCUAAGCCAUGGUUUGUCCUAGCAAGUCAUCUAAACCUGGCUUUAUGGUUUAGCUUACCAUGGUGCAGCAGCAGAAUGACCAGUGAGGAGCAAAGAGAUCUCCUGGAGCCUGCCUGCCUGCCUGCCUGCCUGCCUGCCUUCCUGCACAUUCAUGCUAAACCAUGGUUUCACUUAGUGUGCCGUGCAAACCAGGCCACCAUGAGAGAUGUCUGAGCGGUUGACCAAGUCAAAAUGGUUGCUUGCGUGAUUCACAUUUUCUUUGGCGUAUUCGGGGAUAGAGUGCCAGUUUCGGAUACUGCUGAACAGUUUCAGUCGAGAGCUUUCCGUUACGCAGGCAGAAUGAAGAAGACCAAUCUUCUCGUGCCAAAUUUUUGUUUUGGGUUGUGGAGUGGAAGCACGAGAUUGCAGAAUCUCCAAGUUCUCUUCUCUUUCCCCUUCCAUCCUCUGCUGUAGGGGUGAGGAACCUUAGGCCCAGGGACCAAAUACAGACCUCUCUGUUUAGCCUUUGAGACUUUUCCCAAACCCCUCUCCCGGAGUGCUCUCGUUCUCUGUUCUGUUAACGUUCACAAUCUCAUCAUGCUUUGCAAAUAUUUUAACUCUCCCUUUCAAAAGAUCCGUACAAGCAUCUUUCCCUUUGUGCGCUCUCUCUCUGUUGCAUAAUAUUUCACCGGGGAAGUAGAUUGUUGGUGACAGCUGAUCUCGUCUUAACCCGGGCAGAAAUGCAUAGUAGUUCUACAGCUUUGAAUAUUGAAGUUCACAUUGCGGUCCCGAGGGCUAUGUGUUAUUAAUAAAAAUAGGGAGUUACUUUUUUGGCUGGGCACAUCUAUCUUUGCUUUUGAAACGGAUGUUCAAAAUCUGACACCAUAGCUCUGUUUGAGUAACCCAUAAUCAUCACACCCUAUAUUCUGCUUAGAAAAACAUUGGCACAUCCGUGUCUUUUCUUUUUCUGUCUUCAGUGGGAGAAUUGAGCAGGUGUUUGUGUUUCUCCAAUUAAUGUACAAUACAUUGCACCCACUCCCCACUGAAGUUGCAUUUAUGCCAAGCCAAGCCAUGGUUUAGGAGAGAAUGUGCAACCAUGUGGCUCCUCAUUCUUUCUGCUUCUGCGUUGAUUUAAACCAUGGUUUGCCUUAGUGUUUCCUCUGAACCUGGGCCCAUGGUUUCACUCUUCCCAGACGAACUAUGAACUGUGACCAAGGUCUGCCCUAUGGGUUAUGGCUUGUGGUUUGCCUAGAAGAGAAGAAGAAGAAGAGUUUGGAUUUGAUAUCCCACUUUAUCACUACCCGAAGGAGUCUCAAAGUGGCUCACAUUCUCCUUUCCCUUCCUCCUCCACAACAAACACUCUGUGAGGUGAGUGGGGCUGAGAGACUUCAAAGAAGUGUGACUAGCCCAAGGUCACCCAGCAGCUGCAUGUGGAGGAGCGGGGAAGCGAACCCUGUUCACCAGAUUACGAGUCUAUCGCUCUUAACCACUACACCACACUGGCUCUCUAGGAGAGCUAAGCCACGAACUUGGGUUUGGACAACACACCAAGCCAAAGCUUAGCACAACAUGCUAAUGAGAGACUUAACGUUGUGACUAUCUGAUGUGAAGGAGCAGCCCAAAUGUGGAUUCCACUUCUGUGUAUCCACCACACUGCAGUUCUGCCAUGAAUGCAGAUACUAAAUGCAGUUACAUCAAAGGAUGUCUUGGUACCUAAUGUGGAUUUGCUUUUGUUGGCGUGAAAACAACUCAAAACACCUUAUGUCUCUGGUUUGAAAUACAGCAUCAGUCAGUCAGGUAUGAAAAAUACAUGGCAUUCCUGGUGAGUUGUAAGGGAUACGAUGUAAUGGAUACUUGAAGUGCCUUAGGGCUUGCAAUUUGCAAUAGGUCUACGUCCUUUUUGGCCAUAUGAUUCCCACACCACUUCUAUGACAUCGGAGGAUGCCGAAGAAGUCUAACAAAAACAGGAGAUGAAGUUGCUGGCUUUUGCUUUCGCUUAGUCAUCCCGUGUCUCGAAUGGAGGUCAGUCGGUGCUCAAGAUUGCUGUGUGCUGCCGCUGUUGCUUUUAGUCCAACAAGCGACAUGCAAUUGAUUCCGCUUCUCGGCGCAUCUGUAUUGUGCUCUCUUUGCGUUGAAGUGAAUGGACUGGAGUAAUGUCAUGGCAACAGCGGACAGCAAGGCAAUUAACAUAGCUAUUGGCAGAAGACGGACUGCAGUGGAACAGAAACAGUGCUGCAGACUGGUGGAAUUAGAAGUGAUGGCCUUCGUCCACCCCUAACGGCAUCAGGCAAGACAGACAGGGGACAAUUUUGCCGAUUUGCCGCAGCCCGGCCAACUUUGUCCCGUGCUGUGUUCUUGAUGGCUUUCAGAAAAUUAAAUACAGCAUGUUUGAAUUUUAGCUGUAUUGUUUUGUUACUUUUUUUGUGUUUGCCAUCCUGCGCUCCUUUGGGGAGAAGGGUGAAAGGAAUAUAAUAAAUGCCUAUUUAUAUGGUAGCGUAGGAGUUAUGCAGCAACCUGGGAGCUUAGCUCAUGCUUGCCUUGCCUCCUGAUCACACCCCCUCAUGAUAAAAGGGUCCCUGAGUGAGUGAGCAAUUGUGAGAGCCUUACUACCACUUCUGGGAUGCGGGUGGCAUAAUGGGUUUAAACCACAGAGCCUAGGUCAGCGGUUCGAAUCCCCGUGACGGGGUGAGCUCCCAUUGCUCGGUCCCUACUCCUGCCCACCUAGCAGUUCGAAAGCACGAAGUGUAAGUAGAUAAAUACCGUAUUUUUCGCUGUAUAGGACACACUUUUUCCCCUCCAGAAAUGAAGGGGAAAUGUGUGUGUGUCCUAUGGAGCGAAUGCAGGCUUCAGGAAGCUAUCCGCAAGCCUUCGGAGCGCUCCGAAGGCUUGCGGAUAGCAGCCUGCAGCCCGAACCGUGUGGCGCGCUGCACAGUGUGCCCCGGGCUUUGGGCAGAUAUCCGCAAGCCUUGGGAGCUGGGUGGGAGUUCCCGCCGGGCUCCCAAGGCUUGCAGAUAGCAGCCUCCAAACCCGACCUGGUUUGGAGGCUGGCGGUGGGGGAAAGCAGCGCUUCUCCCCACCACCAGCCCCACAAGCUCGAGGGACAGCGGGGAGGCGGAGCGCUGCCUUCCUGCUGUUCCCCGACCUGGUCUUUGGGGCUGGCGGUGGGGGAAAGCAGCACUCCUCCCCCCCCCCAGCCCCAAAGAGCAGUUCGAAAGGAACCAAAGCUCCAGAGGCUUCGGGUGAACGCACCUUGAACGCACAGAACGCACCUUGUUUUAGAGGGGGAGAACAAGAAAAAAAUUUCCCCCCCCUGUUCUCCCCUUCCUAUGGUCCGGUGCGUCCUAUGGUCCGGUGCGUCCAAUAGAGCGAAAAAUACGGUAGGUGCCGCUCCAGUGGGAAGGUAAACGGCGUUUCGUGUGCUGCUCUGGUUCACCAGAAGCGGCUUAGUCAUGCUGGCCACAUGACCCGGAAGCUGUAUGCCGGAUCCCUUGGCCAAUAAAGCGAGAUGAGCGCCGCAACCCCAGAGUCAUCCGCGACUGGACCUAAUGGUAAGGGGUCCCUUUACCUUUACCUUUACUACCACUUGCAAGCAGGUACAGAGGAAAAGUUUGCGCUUUGAAAUGCCGCGUGUCCCAGAAAUGGUGAGUCGAGCUCAUUAAUGGCCCAUCUAAUAAAUAAAUCAUCCCUGGUGCUUUCUUACAGACCGACUGCGUCUUUUAAAAGACGGGGAAUGCUUUGCUGCACAGACUGCAAAUGUGAGCUGUUAGAAAUUUAUGGUCACUUACCUCCUCCCCAGGUUUAGAAACAGACAAAAUUAUUCACCGUAGGCAUCACGAGAGUGGCCAUUUUAUUUUGGAUCCCUUUCCUGGUUAUCCCAAACAUGGAAUUCACCUUUCUCACAGCUGCCGGGUUGACAUUUUCCGGAGCAAUCCGCUAUGAUCCCAAGAGCUCUUUUCUGUUACCGCCGGCUCAGUCCCCAUCAGAAGCUGCGGUACAGAAUAUAUUUUGCCCCCAUGUGCCUCGCUGUAUACUAAUUUUUGCUGCACCGCAUUUCAUUACACAUGUCACUUGCCAUCGGUCUGCCGCGAGUCCGUUACUGACAAAAAACAAAACAAAGCAGCCGCUAAAGGACUCUAGCAUUAUUGCAAAACGCUGUGACAUGGGCUUUGGGCAUACAGUUUAGCAACGUGAUUGAAAAAAAUGCAGAUAUUAUGAGUGCCUGAUUUAUCUCCCUUGGUUUGGUUUUCAGCACAGUCCAGCCGGUGGUUUUUUUACAGCUGCAAACUGCAAGGAGGAGGAGGCCAGCCCUGAAGAGGAAUCGGAAAAUCAACUGCUUUGAAUCUUCAGGUGCUGGCAGGUACGUUCAAGUCUCUUGGCUGUGAAUGUGUAGGAUUUCAUCGCAUGGCAUGGUUUCCUGUUCUGGGAGAUCUUAUAUACAUAAGAAGCUCCUACCUUCAUGUGGGAGGAAAGUUUUUAUUGGAGACGACCAAGUGUGAUGGCUUGGGAAUACUCUUCGCAAGAAAUGCUUCUGCUGACUCAGAGAUACAUAGAUACAGCCUUUAUUUUACAUAUGUACAAGCAGCACACAUAAUUACACGUCCGAAUCCUGUGAGUCAGAUUCCCGGAGUGAUUUACGUCCGCCCCUUUUCCAGCAGAAGAGGCAAGGCAUUCUCAAUUGAUGUCUCUGCCCCCUCUGCUUUAACCCUCUCCGUUCCUGAGCAGAUGGAACUGGCACUGCAUCGCUGUCAGUGCCAGAACUUCCUGUGUGGAGUUGAGGCUCUGCUCCAGCAUCUGAGAGCCUUUCCUCCUCCUGGCUUUCCCCCCUUUCCUGCACUGGCUCUUCCUGCCCCCCUUCAUCUGCUCGUCUCUCCUCCUCCCCUUCGUUCUCCGUCAAUACAAUGACACCAAGGCGUUCAGAAAAAUCCAUGUGGCCCUGACUUCCUAGGACUCUGACUACAACUCCCAUCAUCCCUAACCACUGGUCCUGGUACCUAGGAAUGAUGGGAGUUGUAGUCCCAAAAAACAGCCGGAGACCCAAGUUUGGGAAACCCUGAACUAGACCAAUGAAAUGACAAGGUGCGUUUUUUUGUUUUCUUCCUGAUCUCACAUCUAAAGCUGCUAUCUUCUGCUGCUCUUGUGUGGAAUCAAAGUAGCUCACCCCUAAGCCGCACGGGAGAUUGCAGCCUAGGAAAAUGGAUUUUCUGCCAAGAAAUAGCCUAUCGCUUAGAUAUAGCACGCUUGGAGAAAAUGUGCGGUAGUUUGUUGGCACUGAACCGUAUCCCCGACCGUCGUAAGCAGAGAGCUUUUAAAGCUGUGGGACUAGUUUGGUAGGAACAGGGGGAAAAAAUAUUCAGUUGCCUUCUCUUUUUUCCAUGGUUGAAAACUAUUUUUCUUUUCCAGUUUUCUUCAUGUGUGUAUAUGCUUGCCCUCUUCUUUAGAUGUUUAAUUGCCUUAAAAGCACAACAAUUUUCCUGUCUGCCUCCCAGGCAAACUCUGGAGCUUUACAAAAUGGUAAAGGUAAAGGGACCCCUGUCCAGUCCAGUCGUGACCGACUCUGGGGUUGCGGUGCUCAUCUCGCUUUAUUGGCCGAGGGAGCCGGCGUACAGCUUCCGAGUCAUGUGGCCAGCAUGACUAAGCCGCUUCUGGCGAACCAGAGCAGCGCACGGAAACGCCGUUUACCUUCCCGCCAGAGCGGUACCUAUUUAUCUACUUGCACUGGCGUGCUUUCGAGCUGCUAGGUUGGCAGGAGCAGGGACCAAGCAACGGGAGCACACCCCGUUGUGGGGAUUCGAACCGCCGACAUUCUGAUCGGCAAGCCCUAGGCUAUGUGGUUUAACCCACAGCGCCACCCGCUUCCCUUACAAAAUGGUACCAGGUCUCAAUGAUGCUACCAUUUGUGGGUUUUCAGGAACAACAGCAAAUAAUCCCAAGUGGAAGGCUGACCUCAGGGAGGCUGGUAAAUUGAGGUGACCCAGCUGGAGCAAUCGGAAACUGCUGACCUGGCGGGUGGAGCAUGCUCAGACUGCCUCUGCAGGAGGAGUCGAGAGACAGGCAUUUUGGGUUUGCAAAUGAAACACAAAACUCCUGCUCUUGCAGCUGUUACAGAGCUUUGGCAGGGGGCGGGGAAUGGGCAGGAAAACUACAGAGCUUGUUUCCUUGCAAGAAAGCUUCUUCAGGGUUUCCUCCUCCCCAGACCCUCCAAGUCUCCCUAUUUUCCAGGGACAGUCCUGGAUUUACAGAAGCCGUCCAAGUUUCUGAUCUGAUGUCCCUGUAUAUCAUCUAGCUUCCGGUAAGAGGUUUGGUGCUGUUUGUAGGAAGCGUUAAUGCUUAACUCAGUGCAGCCCUUACAAAUACAGUGGUACCUCGGGUGAAGUACUUAAUUCGUUCCGGAGGUCAGUUCUUAACCUGAAACUGUUCUUAACCUGAAGCACCACUUUAGCUAAUGGGGCCUCUUGCUGCUGCCGCGCUGCCGGAGCACGAUUUCUGUUCUCAUCCUGAAGCAAAGUUCUUAACCUGAAGCACUAUUUCUGGCUUAGCGGAGUCUGUAACCUGAACCAUAUGUAACCUGAAGUGUAUGUAACCCGAGGUACCACUGUAUCUCUCUUUUCCAUGGUCAGUCUCGGAUGUACAGAAGCCGUCCCGGUUCAAAUUUGAUCCCGGAAUGUCCUGCUUUCCCUUAGGACGCCCUUAUUUUCAUCUGAGAAAUGUUGGAGGGUGUGGAAUAGGGCGUCCCUAUUUUCAUUGGAGAAAUGUUGGAGGGUAUGGAGUUAUGUGACCCCCCACCGAGCCAAGAAGAUAACUACCGUAUUGGCUCAAAUAUAAGCCGCCCCCGAAUAUAAGCCAUACCUUAUAAAGAAAAAAACGACAAUACCUGAAUAUAAGCUGCUCCCUUAAAAUUCUGCAGUCACGCAUACCUGCUCCGUUUUACCAUAUGUCUGUUUUAGCAGCAAUAUCAUCAAAGCCCAUUAUUGUAAGGUCACAAAUUUAAGCUGCAGUUUACGCAGUUUAGCUUUUCAUGGUCGGAAUUUGGUGGCUUUUGGCUUAUAUUCAAGCCAAUACCGUAUACAGCCUUUAGAAGACAUAUGAAGGCAGCCCUGUAAAAGGGAAGCUUUUAAAUGUUUUAUGUUUUAUUAUGCUUUUAUAUAUGUUGGAAGCCACCCAGAGUGGCUGAGACAACUCAGUCAGAUGGGUGGGGAAUAAACAAUAACAUUAUUAUUAUUAUUAUUAUUAUUAUUAUUAUUAUUAUUAGCGUCCCUAUUUUCAUCGGAGAAAUGUUGGAGGGUAUGCCUUCCUUUCUCUUAGUGGGGGUGGGGUUUCACUUUCUUACUUUUUCUUCACUAAAGCGGGCUCAGGUGUGCAUUCCUACAUGUCCUGAACCCUUAAUCUGCCCUUGACGACACUUCUGCAUAGUAAAAAGAGGUGGCAAUUUCUCGAAAUUACUAAAUUUGCUUGGCGGGUGUUAAUUGCAGUCAUGCUUUAUUAGGCGUGCUGGUUACGCAUAGAGAUAUUCAGUUGCUCAUGCUGCUUUUAUAAAAAGACCUUCUUUUGGUCAAGAGAUGGGCAGGAGCGUGUGCCGUGCAGUAUUUAACGGAACACUUCUCUUUUUCUCCACCAUUUAUUAUUAUUAUUAUUAUUAUUUAUUAAUUGUUUAUACCCCACCCAUCUGGCUGGGUUUCCCUAGCCACUCUGGGCGGCUCCCAACAGAAUAUUAAAAACACCAUAAAACAUUAAAAACUUCCCUAAACAGUGCUGCCUUCAAAUGUCUUCUAAGCUUGUAGGUUGAGGAAUAAUGUUCAUGUCAUGUAAUAAUGUAAUCAUGACUGGGUUGGGAUAACUUUAAAAAAAGUUUCGAUUACCGCCCCCUCCACACUAGAGUUUAACUUGGCCCUCGGAGCUUUAUGUUGAUGGAUUCAAUGCCUAUAUAUUGCCAUGGAAAGGCUCUUGACCAUUUCCUGCUUGUUGCCAUCCUUGCCCAGCCUUUCUGGACAAGCUGCUAUUUGUGUGUUUUUAGGUUGUUGGUCUCCUCCCUGAUGAGAACAUUUCUACUAGUAUUCUUUCUUCCGGAAAGGAAUACAUCCAAAAGUCCUGCCUGGUCUGAGCCAGAGGAAUAACAUUGUGUACAGUCGUACCUUGGAAGCUGAACGGAAUCCGUUCCGGAAGUCCGUUUGACUUCCAGAAUGUUCAGAAACCAAACACGGCUUCUGAUUGGCUGCAGGAAGCUCCUGCAGCCAAUCAGAAGCUGCGGAAGCCCCGUCUGACAUUCGGGUUCCAAAGAAUGUUCACAAACCGGAACAGUCACUUCCAGGUUUGCGGCAUUCGGGAGCCAAAGUACGACUGUACAGUGGUACCUCGGGUUACAUACGCUUCAAGUUACAUACACUUCAGGUUACACACUCUGCUAACCCAGAAAUAGUGCUUCGGGUUAAGAACUUUGCUUCCGGAUAAGAACAGAAAUUGGGCUCUGGCGGCGCGGUGGCAGCAGGAGGCCCCAUUAGCUAAAGUGGUGCUUCAGGUUAAGAACAGUUUCAGGUUAAGAACGGACCUCCGGAACGAAUUAAGUACUUAACCUGAGUACCACUGUACUUUAUUUUCCUCUCCAUACACUCCUCCAGCAAUGAACUUUUAUAAGGCAUAGUUGAGCAAACCGUUUUCUAUUUGAUAGCCAUUUGGUAGCAUCUGUGUCUCCAUCUGCGGCGUGACAUGUAUUUUUGCACUGCUAAAAUUAGAGAGGAAUCUGUUUUGUGCAGCUGCUACGAAAAGUAUUUUUGAAUUUUUAUCGGCAUGUCUUCCUCUUUGCAUAAAAGCUGGGAAAUGUUUGAACUUACUUUUUAUGUAAAAAAAGAAACUUUGCAGGAACAUUCCCAAGAUGAUAAUUAAUUUUUCUCCGGGUUUCUGUCUCUCCUUCUUAUUUUAGACCUUGUUCCGCAAUGUUAAAGAGGACUCAUGAUGCCUCGCUCUUCCUCCGUCUUUGCCACCUGCCCGCCUGCUAGGGUUUGCGUCCAGAAUGAACAUAGCAGCUGUGUUUAAUGCCUUGCUGGUGUCUCUCCUGGCAGCCGUGCUGUGGAAAUACAUCAAGCUGCGAGAUCACGUCUUUGUGCUGGAAGAGGAGCUGGUCCUCACUCGCCAGACGCAGGAGCUUUCUCAGGUCCGCAUCGACUACCAUGCUGCUCUUCAAGCCCUGGUCCAAGAUGGCACCAGGAUGGUGUGCACCGGGAGGAUGCACACGGACCGGAUCUGCCGCUUCGAAUCCCUCUGCUACUCCACGGAGGCAGAGGAGUUCAUCUUCUUCCACAGCAACUCCUCGGUCAUGCUCCCCAACUUGGGCUCCAGAAGAUUCCAGCCUGCCCUCCUUGAUCUCUCCUCGGUGGACGACCACAACACACAGUAUUUCAACUUUGUAGAACUGCCUUCCGCCUCGCUCAAAUACAUGCCCAAGCCGGUGUUUGUCCCCGACGUGGCCCUGAUUGUGAAUCGAUUCAACCCGGACAACCUGAUGCACGUUUUCCACGACGAUCUGCUCCCGAUCUUCUACACCAUGCAGCAGUUCCCAGAUUUGGACUCGGACGCCCGGCUGUUUUUCAUGGAAGGCUGGGGGGAAGGCCUGCACUUUGAGCUGUACAAGCUGUUGAGCACCAAGCAACCGCUUUUGAAAGAGCAGCUGAAGACUCUGGGUCGCCUCCUUUGCUUUACCAAGUCGUACGUGGGCCUGUCCAAAAUCACCACCUGGUACCAGUACGGCUUCGUCCAGCCCCAGGGUCCCAAGGCUAACAUCCUGGUCUCCGGGAACGAGAUCCGACAGUUCACCAAAUUCAUGACGGAGAAGUUGAACGUGAGCUUGGAAGGAAUGCCCAGCGAAGAAUAUAUUGUAGUUUUCAGCCGGACCAUCAACAGGCUAAUCAUCAAUGAAGCAGAACUUAUUCUGGCGCUGGCCCAGGAAUUCCAGAUGAAAACCAUCACCGUUUCCAUAGAAGACCACACUUUUUCAGAUAUCGUGCGCCUGAUCAGCAACGCGUCUAUGCUGGUCAGCAUGCACGGAGCACAGCUCGCCAUGUCCCUCUUCCUGCCCAGAGGAGCCACAGUAGUGGAACUCUUCCCAUAUGCCAUAAACCCUGAGCAUUACACCCCUUACAAAACGCUGUCUACGCUCCCUGGCAUGGACCUUCAGUACAUUGCCUGGACCAACACCGAGAAGGAGAACACGGUGACUUAUCCGGACCGGCCUUGGGAUCAAGGAGGAAUUGCCCACUUGGACAAGGCAGAGCAAGACCGUAUCGUAAAGAGCGGCGAAGUUCCGCGGCACCUCUGCUGCCGCAACCCCGAGUGGCUUUUCCGCAUCUACCAGGACACAAAAGUCAACGUGGCUUCCCUGAUCCAGGCCAUCAGGCAAACGGUGAAAACGAAGCCUGGGCCCAAGAGGCAGAAGGGAACGAGUGGCCUCUACCCGGGCAAAGUCAGAGACGCCAAGUGCCAAACCUCCGUCCAGGGCACCAGCGAAGCAAAACUCUCUGUGUCCUGGCAGAUCCCUUGGAACCUGAAGUAUCUGAAGGUCAGGGAAGUGAAAUACGAAGUGUGGAUACAGGAGCAAGGGGAGAACACGUACAUGCCUUUUAUCUUGUCCCAUCAGAACCACACCUUUUCCGACAACAUCAAGCCCUUCGCAAACUACCUAGUGUGGAUCCGUUGCAUUUUCAACAAGAAUCUCCUCGGACCCUUUGCAGAUGUGCUGUUGUGCAGCACGUAAUCACCAGCCAGUGUGGGAUGGGGGAUUUGAUUCCACCAAGGGGCUUUCAAAUAAAGCAGGCUGGUCCCGUCAACCUCUAGUUUCUCAUGAGGUUGACCAGGACUUUGAAGACCCUGCUAGUGCCUCAGUCUCCAUUUUAUGGUGUUCCCUGUGUAUUCUCUGCGUGGCAUUAUUUUCCGUCGCUGUCUGAGCUCUCUUGGUCCUUGAAAGAAGCCUACAGGCCAAGGAGGUGACGAAAAUGAAAUUGGAACAGAAGGCAGCCAUUGUACCUUCACAGUGAAUUUCAAAAUCUCUCUUUUGUGUAGUGAAUAUUUUAAGCUCAGCUUUCUGACGUCUCUGGCUGGGCAAUCUCUUUCGUAUUCUCCACUGUUUAUUUUUAUGCUCCCCCCCAAAAAAAAUAUCUGUAUCCCAGAGCAAAAUAUUUGGUACCAGAGUUCUUCAUUAAAUGGUUGAAAACCUACCCAGGCA